AUGACUGGACAAAGUCUCACACUUGUUAAAUGGACCUGUGAUAUUGAAUAUCAUAUUAUCUAUCCUCAUAUCUUACUUUUUCAGACACACCGUCUCAUAAAGAUAUAUGAUGGAGUGGAUGUAGCACAGGACAUUGUGCAUGACAAAGACGAAAAUACGGUGUUGAUAACAGUCAGCCAAGCACCUGCUUUGAAGAGGCUUGUUCCUACUGUCAACUUCCAUGAUUUCAAUACGAAAUAUGUCGUUUUCAAGGAUAUUGAACAUGGCAUCUGUCUCCUUACUUACGCGCCAAUACCGUUUGCCACUCCCAGCGUAUACAAACUGGGAAAAACAAACUUGACAUUACCCUACACAGUAGAAGUACAGCACAGCAUACUUAGCAAUGAAGAAGUUCAACUGAGAGCUGGUGGAAAAAUUGGCAAUUUCUGUGCUGACUACAAAACAAUGUGGAUGGAUCUAAAGGCUAAUCAUGACAAACGUCCUGCCAAGAGGGCAGAUGAUGAACCAGAACCCUGUGCGCUUUUUUGCACGUUUUGUUUGGUCGAGAUAAACGCAGACUAUCAAACAGCUGGAGCUGCGACUGUUAAACCUGCUGCAAAUGUUUUCGGCUGAGUGUCUGACAUUCCACAUUUUUCUGUUUCAUUUAUACAAGAUUAAAAAAAGAGAGAAAUU